UGUCAUAAGGCUGCGCCGUGCUCCUGCAUCUGUUAUGAUUUGGCUGAAGAAAGGACAAACACACAGAAAAACUUCUGGUGAAGUACUACUAUAAAGAUGGCAUUUAUUAAAGAGGAGAGUGAAGACAUGAAGAUUGAAGAAGUAUUCAGUUUGAAACAAGAAGAAACUGAGGAACAAACAAAGAUGGCGUUUAUUAAAGAAGAGAGUAAAAACAUAAUAUUUGAAGAAACAUUCAGAGUAAAACAUGAAGAUACUGAGGAACAAACAAAGAUGGCGUUUGUAAAAGAGGAGAGUGAAGAAACAUUCAGAGUGAAACAUGAAGAAACUGAGGAACAAACAGACCUGAUGGCACUGAAAGAGGAGACUGAUGUACUCAAUGAAAUUGAAGAGAAAGAUCAAUAUAAGAAUCAUCAUGAUUUCAUAACUGGAGAAAAAACUUUCAAUUGCUCACAGACUGAAAACACUUCCUCACAAAAAAGAGCUCAAAAGGAAGGGACAAGCAAUCACUUCAUCUGCCAACAGUGUGGAAAGAGUUUCAAUAGAAAAGGAAACCUUGAAGUUCACAUGAGAGUUCACAGUGGAGAGAAGCCUUUCACAUGCCCUCAGUGUGGAAAGAGUUUCAGUCAAAAAGGACACCUGAAAGCCCACCUGAGAAUUCACUCUGGAGAUCAACCUUACACAUGCCCUCAGUGUGGAAAGGGUUUCAAUCAAAUUGGACGUUUUGAAGACCAUAUGAGAAUUCACACUGGAGAGAAGCCUUACACCUGCAAACAAUGUGGGAAAAGUUUCAAUCAAAAAGGAAACUUUAAGAGGCACAUGAGAACUCACACUGGAGAGAAGCCUUGUACAUACCCUCCGCGUGGAAAGACUGUCGUUCAAGACAGGAACCUUAAAGUUUAUAAGACAGUUUAUAAGACAACUGGAGAGAAGCCUUUCGUCUGCCAGCACUGUGGAAAAGGAUUUACUCGAAAAGGACAGUUUGAAGUCCACACGAGAAUUCACACUGGAGAGAAGCCUUUCACCUGCCAACAGUGUGGAAAAGGAUUCACUCAAAAAGGACAGUUUGAAGUCCACCUGAGAAUUCACACUGGAGAGAAACCUUUCAUCUGCCAGCACUGUGGAAAAGGAUUUAUUCGAAAAGGACAGUUUGAAGUCCACAUGAGAACUCACACUGGAGAGAAGCCUUGUACAUACCCUUUCACCUGCCAGCAGUGUGGAAAAGGAUUUACUAAAAAAGGACAGUUUGAAGUCCACAUGAGAAUUCACACUGGAGAGAAGCCUUUCACCUGCAAAAAAUGUGCAAAAAGUUUCCACCGUAAAGGAAUCCUUAACCGACACCUGAAAACUCACAUUGGAGACAUUGAGUGUCGUCACUGUGAAAAGACUUUCAAAUGUAAAGAAUCCCUUAAUUACCACUUGAGGAUUCAUGUAUGAGAGAACAAUUUUAUCUGUCAUCAGUGUGGAAUGAGUUUCACAGACAGGAAUCACCUUAGGAAUCAUGUAAUAACUCACACCAGAGAGAAGACUUUUUUGUGGAAAUAUAGUUUCACAUAAGCAUCCUGACUCAGGCAGAGUUGUUUUUCUUUCUUUUGGCUCAUUUCCACCAAACUGUACGGUUCAGUACAGUUGUCUGAUUCUUGUGGCCUGUACUUUUCUGAUCAGGCACUAUCUCCCAAGUCUCUUUGAAAUGUAUGAUGGAAGCAAAUGGUGAUAGUUCUCAGUGGGGAACUCGGACAUUGCAGAGUCUGCAUGGGUCAGGGGUUGUGAAGAUUAACUUUUACAAUUGUGUGUUUGAUCGAGCCAGUUGUUACAAGUGGUUCAGUUCAUGUAAAACAUCUAGUAGCCUAUAAUUUGUUUGCCUUUCUUUUUUUUUUGCACAAUAAAAUCUUUACUGUUUAAA